UACUGGCUCAACAACUGCAGGACUUACAAAGCUCCUUCAGCUCAAAAGAACGCCAGACGAACAACUAUCGGGUGCAGCUGGAAGCCCUCUCGUCUGCUCUGCGUCAACUGAACCAGACGGUUUUCGAUGGCUCUCCAGGUGGAACGAGAGCCGAGGGGUCACGAUCCAGCCCCAACGCCCUGGCGACUCUUCUCAGACGACUUCAGGUGCUGGAGCACAGGCUAGACUUUGCGGGCAGUCGACUUCCACUGGUCCGGUCACUUUUGGCCCGUUCCCGGCACCUAUCCAGACAGACUACCCCCGCAUACCUGUCCCUAGGCGCUGUUCUUGAAAAUUCAAGCACUCAGACAGAAUGGGACACCACAGUCGGUAAUUAUGUUGAUCUCUGCGGGGAUAUCAAUGAGUUAAGAGAAAUGGUUCGCCUUGCACAACAGGAACGGCAACAAGCAAUCGCCGAUCGCGACCUAUUGGCCAGCCGCCUUGAGGAGGACUCGCGUACUUUCCAGGAGCGGGUCGAUGCCGUAAAGACUAAAUGUGAGUUCUGA